AUGGAAUUAGCAACUUCAACUAAGUGGGAAUUGGCCUUACAACCUCCAACAGUUGAAGAAUUGCAGAAGAACAUAGGCGAUGUGUUCAACGUUAAAUGGAUUAAAUACAUGUAUGCAAAUUUCAAAAAUGAAUGUCCAUCAGGUAAAAUGCAUUUUGCGGCAUUUAAAAAUCUAUUUUCUCCACAUUUACCUACUGGUGUCAGUGAUGAAUAUAUCAAACGACUGUUCUUCGCAUUCUCCUUCGGACACUGUGAAGUUACCUUUCAGGCUCUACUGGAAGCGUUGGCCAUGCUUCGAAAAUCAUCGGCAAUAACGCAAGCGAAAUGGACGAUGAGACUAAUAUCGGGCAGUGAAACAAAGCCAGUUUGUUAUGAGGAAUUUCUAGGUUUCGUGCGGUCAAUUUUUGUCCGAAAAGAAACAGAAAAUCGGAACUUGAAGAAAGGUUCUUACAAACUUGAAGAGAGUUUGGCACUGAAUAAAGUGGUUGAGAGAAGAGCCAGACACAUAUUUGCGACCUUAGAUAGAAAUGAAGACGGUUUAAUUGACACGGAAGAAUUAAUUGAAUUUUUUAAGGGCGACGGGCGAAUAAAUGUACAACGUUUGAUUGGAUCAGGCAGGACAACUUGUUAA